AUGGCGAGAAAGAGAGCUUCAAAACCGACAACAACAGACACGAAGACGACGACAUUAACAAACGAACCAAUUGUUACAAAGAACAAAGAAACCAAACCUCGUCAACAAAUAACUGAUGACCAACCAAUUGCACCACCAAAAAAAGGAUUCAUUUUUAAGCUCUCUCUUUUACUGAUAGCCCCAUACUUUUACAUACUCUUUUUUCACUCCCAGAUCCAACAUGACCUCAAAAAACCUAUUCUUAUCAAUGCUGGUCUUAGUCUUGCUGGGUUUUUUCUUACUGUUAAGAUGAUUCCUGUGGCUUCUAAAUAUGUUUUGAGAAGGAAUUUGUUUGGUUAUGAUAUCAAUAAGAAGGGUACUCCUCAAGGGACCGUUAAAGUGCCUGAGUCAUUGGGUAUUGCUGUAGCGGUAGUCUUCAUGGUUUUGACGAUAGUAUUUCAGUUUUUUAACUUCGCACCAGAUUCCAAUUGGCUUGUUGAGUACAAUGCAGCAUUAGCAUCCAUUUGCUUCAUGACUCUACUUGGAUUCAUAGACGAUGUCCUUGAUGUUCCAUGGAGGGUGAAAUUAUUGCUUCCGUCAAUUGCUGCCCUUCCAUUGUUGAUGGCAUAUGCUGGACAUACAACUAUUAUCAUACCAAAGCCUCUUGUUCCAUAUAUUGGGCUCAAUGUUUUGGACCUGGGAUUUAUAUAUAAGAUUUACAUGUGGUUUUUGGCAAUUUUCUGCACAAAUUGCAUUAACAUUCAUGCUGGUAUAAAUGGCCUUGAAGUUGGUCAAACAGUUGUUAUUGCAUCUGCGAUUUUGAUACAUAAUGUCAUGCAAAUUGGAGCAUCUGCGGAUCCUGAGUAUCAACAGGCCCAUGCAUUCUCUGUGUAUCUUGUCCAACCCUUACUAGCAACCUCCUUGGCUUUGCUUUCUUACAAUUGGUAUCCUUCUUCGGUCUUUGUUGGAGAUACUUAUACAUACUUUGCAGGGAUGACAAUGGCUGUUGUUGGGAUUUUAGGUCAUUUUAGUGAAACGCUCCUGAUUUUCUUUUUAGCACAAGUAUUAAACUUCCUCCUGUCAGUCCCGCAGCUUUUCGGCUUCAGGCAUUGUCCACGGCAUCGUCUGCCGAGGUUUGAUCCCCAGACAGGACUUCUUACAGGAACAAAUGAUGGGACACUUGUUAAUUUUUACUUAAGAAUGUUCGGCAGGAAGACAGAAAAUUCACUUUGCGUGCAUCUUCUUCUUGUUCAGGCACUUGGAUGCUGCAUAUGUUUUGGGCUAAGGUAUUUACUUACCGGUUGGUAUAAAUGA